CAACUACCGCACUCUUCACAGUGUCUUACAUUACAUAAAGAGUAAAAGAGAAAGAAGCUCACGUUAAUACGGAAAAAGUGUACAAAAGCGAGAAAAAAAAAGCAAUAAACAGAUACGUGAACAUAAAAAUCAACGACGGCCCAGCUGCGUGUGUUUAACUGGCUCUAUGCCCUUCACUUUUUUUUAUAUAUUUCCCGGAAAUCGUUCUAUUAAUUUAUUCUUCUAUCGUCGUGUAGUCUUGACUAGUCAAUGUGUAUCCAUAGGUUUUAUAGAACGAAAAAAAUGUUACGUUAAAGUAUUACAGUUUGUGAAAUAUUUAAAUAUAAACCUAAGACCUAUAUAUUUUUCUAUAUAUAAAUAUUAGUAGUACUGUAUUUAUUGUGAUCGUUAGAUUAUAGAUCGAGUGAUUGACGACAACAAUAAAAACUGAGCAGACAAUAUUCGGGCACUGUGGCUGGCUACAGGAGGAGACAUCUCCUGGUGGAGGAGGUGCCAGGACUUUACAUCAGGCGCCUCACUCUUGAAGAUCCAAGAACUGCACGAGAAAGAGACCGCCCGGACUCAAGGUCACCGUCUCCAGUUCGUCAUAUCUGUCAUUCUCGUAGUGGCCAAGUUCGCCCUGGGCGAGGAUCAUCUAGUUACAGAUACUGGUUGGAUCGUAUGAAAAAAGAAAAACCUGCUUACUUGACAAUAACAUCACUUGAACUUCCAGACUCACCAAUUCCACUUAUAGAUUCUCAUGCAAGUGCUCGAUUUCGUGCAGCUGAAUCGACUAAUGUUAAUUUUGAAAAGGAUGAAAUAUUGGAUGAAUUUAUUGAGAGUAUGACUAAAGUGGGUAAAGGAAGAAAAAAAGUAACUCGUAGUGCUGGUGCUAAAAUUGAACGUGCAAGAAAACAGUUCAUAGAUACUAAAAAAUGUAGUAGAACGCUAUCAUUUCAAAACUGCUCAAGAAAUAAUGCUGCAGGUUCACCAAAAAAAUGUGUCAAUUCAAGUGACAUCAUAAAGGAAUGCAUAUGCUCAGAAAUUACCGAGAAUUUAAAAAUUAACAUCCAGGAGAAAACAGAGGUCAAUAAAUCUUCACGAAGUCCGAGUCCGGAAGUGACUCAUACAAUAAGAAUCGCGAUGAAAUAUCUUGGACAGCCAGUACGUCAUGAAAAACAUGAUGAUGAUGAUGAUGAUAAUAAUAAUAAUGAGAAUGAGAAUGAAAAUAAAAUAAUUGAAAAAAGCACAUCAACCGAUAAGUUAUCAAAUGUUUCAGUAGACCAACAAUUGACACAAUAUAACCAUGAAUUCAAGGAUAUGAACUGUUGUACUGGUGUUAAUGUUGCCUUGGACUUUAAACUCAACUGCAAUGGUGUUCAAUUAACUUCUCGAGAUAUUUGUCUAAAACCUGUUACUAAAGAUAAUUCCAAUACAAAUUAAUUCUACUUUAGUAAUUUACUUUAAACGAGUUUAUAAUAUAGAUUGUACUUAAUUUAAUUUAUUUAAAUUGUUAUUAAUAUGUUGAACUUAAGUGCUAUUUGUAAUUUAUAUAGUAAUGUUAUGCGAUUAUAUAUACAUAUAAUUUAUUAAAUUAAUCCUCAGUAAAA